AUGCUACGUGAAGGCGGUAGUAAUUCUGCUCACUUAUCCCAUGCACAGUAUCUCAAGAGUAGUAGGACCCUUAUAGGACCCAAUGUCCCCCUCAAUGCAGUUUCCUCAGUAGUUCCACCUCAGGCCGAAAGGAUGACGACAGGAUUGUUUGGAAAUAUUUCCCACGCCUGGCUUCAACCUGAAGCCUGGUUGACAUGUGCCUUGCUGGAUCACAUAUGUUGUUUCAAAGAAAGGACCAGUGUAGCAACUCCAAAAAGAACACCAGCCAGGACUAGGGAAAGUAGCAUGAUAGCAAGUCAAAAGUACUUGGGAUUAAAUAAACAAUAUGGAUUAUUUUUAAAAAUACCCAGGGGUUAG